CGUUCCUGGUUUUGCGCCUCCGUCCAUCGCAGCUUAUACCUUCCCCUGACUCUAAGCACUUCAGCAUUGCUGUGCAAGCAGAUGUUCUUUCUCCGAUGCCAGUUCUCUCCCUUUUCGCAUUUGGAGAAGGUAUUCUUUCGCGCGAAGGCAGCAAAGUGAGAAGAAAGAAAGCAAAGAAACACCCUCCUCGGCUCCGAGACGGAGGGAGAGUUGUGAACGGAUAGCUGCUUUUGGAGAAAUACAGUAGACUACAGUAAGACCCGCGGAGGCGAGAGCGAGGCAGCAGUUUAUUUACCACACCUGUGAUGCGUUGUUCUGAGCAACGAAGACGCACGACCGGGAUACUGAUGGCCACGCUACGGCAGGAGGAUAUGUGCUGAGGAAAGGACUUGGGCGUGAGGGGAAAAAACAGAACAGGCGUGAAGUGCUACAGAGGACACUCUCCGGACCUUUAAAAAGCCCAGUGUGCCCGUGUUUCGUCUCUGCCUUUUUGUAAAACUUAGGUGAUAGAGAAAAAAAACCCCACGAAGAUGCCCUUACUUCUGGGCCCCUUUGUCCGCUGUAGGCUCAGCGCCACGCUCCUUGCGCUCUGGCUCGUCCUCUCUGGCUUCACCUGCACUGGUGGUUCUGAGCACGCUGCCACGGCGACGCUUCCCGCCGCCUUCUCGGACCUGUUACCUCACUUCCUGGUAGAGCCGGAGGACGAGUACAUCGUAAAGAACAAGCCGGUGACUCUGACCUGCCGCUCCACCCCGGCCACGCAGAUCUACUUCAAGUGCAACGGCGAGUGGGUUCACCAAGAUGACCACUUGAUUGAACGGACUGUUGACCCAGCAACAGCGCUGCCAGUCAUGCAGGUGACAAUCGAAAUAACCAGGCAGCAGGUGGAGAAGAUCUUCGGACUUGAUGAGUACUGGUGUCAGUGUGUCGCCUGGAGCACCACCGGAACCCAGAAGAGCCAGAAAGCAUACAUCAGGAUUGCUUACCUGAGAAAGAACUUUGAGGAGGAGCCGCAGGGUAAAGAGGUGGCAUUGGACCAGGAGGUGUUGCUGCGCUGCCAUCCCCCCGAGGGAGUGCCACAAGCCGAGGUGGAGUGGCAGAGAAACGAGGAUGUGAUCGACCCAGCGAGUGACCCCAAUUUUGUCAUCACGCCCGACCAUAAUCUCGUCAUCAAAAAAGCCCGGCUGGCCGACACCGGCAACUACACGUGCGUGGCCAAAAACAUCGUCGCUCGCCGCAAAAGCACCUCUGCCGCGAUCCUUGUCUAUGUCAACGGUGGCUGGUCCACGUGGACCACCUGGUCGUCCUGCAGUGCCGUGUGUGGGCGUGGCUGGCAGAAGAGGAGUCGGAGCUGCACCAACCCCACGCCACUGAAUGGAGGCACAUCCUGUGAGGGGCAGAACGUCCAGAAAAGUGCCUGUGUGGCCACCUGUCCAGUGGACGGAGGCUGGAGCGAGUGGAGCAAGUGGUCAGCAUGUGGCGCAGACUGUUCAAUGUGGAGGAGCAGAGAGUGCACCCAGCCCUCACCUGGCACAGGGGGCAAAGACUGCCAGGGGCUUGAUCUCCAGUCUCUCAACUGUACCAGCGAGCAGUGUCCACAGACCGUGAGCGGAGCUGAGGAUGUGGCGCUCUACGUGGGCAUGGUGGCCGUGGCCCUGUGUCUGACCCUGCUGCUUAUUGUGGUCGUCCUGGUCUACAGGCGCAAGAAGGAAGGCCUGGAUGCCGACGUGGCCGACUCCUCCAUCCUCACCACUGGCUUCCAGCCCAUGGGCAUCAAGCCCAGCAAGCCAGGUGUGUGGGCGCCGCGGUCACGCAGGCCUCCCCCCCACAGCAAGAACUCCCAUUUACUCACCAUCCAGCCUGAUCUAACCACCACCACCACCAGUUAUCAAGGCACCCUGCGCUCUCGCCACGAUGCCACCGGGAAGUUUUCGAUGACCAACGGGCCUCUGCUGGACCCGCUUCCCAACGGCUCACACACCUUGCACAACGGCAAGCUCAACUCUGACGCUGCUGCCGAGUUUGUAAGCAGGCUCUCCACCCAGAGCUACUUUAAAACGCUGCCCCGCGAUGUGGCCAACACCUCCUAUGGGACCUUCAACUUCCUAGGCGGCAGGCUGACUAUCCCCAACACAGGAAUCAGUCUGCUCAUUCCUCCCGAGGCCAUCCCCAGAGGAAAGAUCUAUGAGAUUUAUCUCACUGUUCAGAGGAAGGAAGAUUUAAGGUUACCCGUGGCUGGCUGCCAGACCCUUCUCAGCCCCAUUGUGAGUUGUGGCCCUCCGGGGGUGGUCCUGAGCCGGCCAGUUAUCCUCAGCAUGGACCACUGCUUUGAUGCAUGCCUGGAUAACUGGGCCGUGCGCCUUAAGAAGCAGAAUUAUGAGGGCGCUUGGGAGGACGUCCUGUUGAUGGGAGAGGAGCUGGUGUCAGACCCUUAUUACUGCCAGCUCGAGGCCGAGACGUGCCGGCUCUUCUCGGAGCAGCUGGGUACAUUCGCCCUGGUGGGCGAGUCCCUGCACAUGGGCGCCGCCAAGCGCCUGAGGUUGGUGCUCUUCUCGGACGCUUACUGCUCCACGCUGGAAUACAACAUCAGGGUAUACUGCAUGGACGACACGCAGGACGUCUUCAAGGAGGUGAUGCAGAUGGAGCGGCAGCUCGGGGGUCGGCUGAUUGACGAGCCUCACGUCCUGCUUUUCAAAGACAGUUACCACAACCUGCGCCUGUCCAUCCAUGACAUGCCCCAGGCGCACUGGAGGAGCAAGCUGCUAGCCGGCUACCAGGAGAUCCCGUUCUACCACAUCUGGAACGGUUCCCAGCGGUACCUGCACUGCACGUUCACUCUGGAGCGGCUCAGCCUCAGCACCUGCGAGCUCACCUGCCAGCUGUGUGUGUGGCAGGUGGAGGGGGAGGGACAGAGCUUUAGCCUGGACUUUAACAUUGCCAAGGACACUCGAGCGUUGGACUCUGAGUUUCUGUUAAUGGACAGUAACGCCACAGCUCUGGCGGGACCCAGCGCCUUUCAGAUCCCGUACCUCAUCAGGCAGAAGAUCUGCAGCAGCCUGGACGCCCCCUGUCCCAACGGAGCCGACUGGAGAAUGCUAGCACAAAGACUUAAACUCGAGAGACACAUGAGUUUCUUUGCAUCCAAAGCAAGCCCAACCUCUGUGAUCCUGGACCUAUGGGAGGCGCAACAUUUCCACAGCGGCAACAUCAACCAGCUGGCCACGGUCAUGGCCGACAUCGGCAAACAGGAAGCCAUGAUAUUCCUGGUCUCCGAUGGCGAGUGCUAACCUAGAAAAGAGGGACAGACUGGUGCCGAGGAAAAGUACACAACGUGAUACACUAAUACGCAUUCUUACACACAUAAAAAAACAAUAACUGCAGCGGGAAUCGAAGAACAGAGCUGUCCCAGCGUUCCUUUUCUUCACUUUAGAAGAUAAGAAAGUGUUUAUGUAGGAUUGAGUCCCUAUUUCCCAUGAAACACAGUAAAAAUCUUUAAAUGACAGACCAAAUGAGGAACAAGGGGGUAGAGUUUGGGUGUGUGUGUGUUUGGGGAAAACGUAUUCACAGACUCAGUAGAGAAAGUACCUUUUAUUUCCCAUCAAAGACCCAAGUUAAAUUAGUCCAUACCCUAGUUCUGCUGCAAAGGUAACAUCAAAUUAACUCUUCUAAACAGGCCGCGUACGGCUUAACAAGGAGCAAUAUGCAAAUGUAACGCUAUUAGUAAUGGCCAAUAUUGCAAAUUCAGUCGUUAAUUUUUGAACUUGGAUUCAAAAACCGUGUGUUUUUAAACAGUCAGUUAAAAGGAAGGUGGCAAAAAAGGGUGCAGGUCAUUUCAGGUUAAAGAGAACCAGCAACAUAUGCAAUUGGCAGGUUCGUCACAUGACAUCAACUCAGAAGAUUAGCCCACUUUUUUUUUUUUUCUUUACCUUUUUUAUUUUAUUUUAAAGCAACCUAGUGAGACUGUGUGCGUGUGUGAGUCACAUAAUCUGUUUAACACACAGACGGCUUGUAGCAGAUUCUGGACUUGCUGGUUUAAAAACAGAUUGUGUGUCUGAGCCCCCCAAAAACCCAUCUCAUGUAGUUUGUGUGUGCGUUUGUGUGUGUUGUAGUCCAGCCGGUAUCACUAUUGUGAAUCUAACAUCUUGAUCCAGUGAGACGCUUUGGAGCUUUUCCUCCUUUUAAUAUGUGAGGUUUGAGUUCUCUGGAUCCCUUUUUUUUUUUUUUUUUUGAAGUGAUUAAUAUCUUGACUUAAAGUCAUAUUUUAAAGGAAAUUUCUAUUUAAAGCCUUCUGAUUUUGAUCCAUAAGGUUUCCACAUUUUAUAUUACCCCAAUCGUUCAUCGUGGCGUUUCUCUGUUUUAAAUUCCACAGCUUAAUGAAGAGGCCAUAGGGCCGAGAGGCACGCCGACUGCACGUGUGCAAACGCUGAAUGUCGUCAAAGCUCAUUUCUAAAAUGACAUUUUCCUCUUGAUUACAUUGAUUUUUGUAGUCUAAAAACAUGGCCCGAAGGGUUAUUAUUCCAUAUGAAUUAUGUAGAGCACUUUCCCUCAGAAAAAUCUGACAACAAAUUCUUCAAAAUCAUCACAAGAUUACUCAUGUUGAAAGGGUAAUUGUGCAGCUUUGUUUGUAUUAUUCAUAAAGCAAUGUUGGUGGGAAUUCUGCAUUUGCUGUGUGGCAAACAGUAUUUCCACAUCAGAGAGAAGCCCAUCUCUCAGAUAAAAUAAAGAGCAGCUUUUUCAUAAUGUCACCCCCUCUGCUCACAAAUAG